CUGCAGUACACCACAACACUAACGCCACACACGCCAAUUAGCCGGCUCUCAGUACCAUCCAGCCCAUCUGAGCAGAUGGAGACGGCCAUCGGUGCGGCCGGUUGGCUGCUGGGCAAGGUGCUUACGAAACUGUCCGAGGACCUUGUGGCCGCGUACGUGUCCAGCAACGAGCUGGGCCUCAACUUCCACGACAUCAAACUGAAGCUCCUCUACACACAAGGGCUGCUGCAUGCAUCCGAGGGGAGGGACAUGAGCAACAACCCUGGCCUCUAUGGAUUACUCGGGGAGCUGAGCAAGAAGGCGGAUGAGGCCGAGGACAUGCUCGAUGAGAUCCACUACUUCAUGAUCCAGGACCAGCUCGACGGCACCAAGGAGGCAGCCCCAGAACUGGGCGAUGGCGUCCGGGGCUCUGCCCUUCAUGUCCGUCAUGCUGCUCGCCACACCAUCGGUAACUGGAUUCCUUGCUUUUCUUGCUCGCGUACUCAAGGUGGUGAUUCUUCUGUUGAUGUUGUCACUAGUGACAAUGAUGGUGGGCCUGUUCAUAAGUUGUCUUUUGACAGAGUGGAUAUGUCCAACAAAAUCAGGUCGGUAAUAGAGGAAUUGAACUCCAUGUGUGGACCUGUCUCUGACUUGCUCAAAAUUCCAAACCAUAGUAACACUGCAACAAGCACACCUAUCACUCUCAAAAAGCCACCCACGGGUUCAGUAUCUGCACAAGAUAAACUGUAUGGGAGGGAAGUCAUCUUUGAGCAAACUAUAAAUGAGCUCACUGGUACAAAAUAUCUUGGUGAAACCCUUUCUGUUAUGUCUUUUGUUGGCCCUGGGGGUAUGGGAAAGACAACCUUCACCCAACACUUGUAUAAUGAGAAAAGGGUUGAGGAGCACUUCAUUGUUAGGGUCUGGGUAUGUGUCUCAACUGGUUUUGAUGUGACCAACCUCACCCGGCAGACCCUUAGGUGCAUACCUGCAGUUGAAAAAGAAGAAUACAAAUGUACAGUUGAAACAGCCAGUUUAGACCAGCUUCAAAAAUCCAUUAUAGAAAGAUUGAAGUCCAAAAGAUUUAACCACUUGAAAUUUCUGGACCUCAAUCUUUGGCGUGGUAGUGAAAAUUUGCCCAAAGACUUUAGUCGCCUUAUAAAUUUACGCCAUUUUUUCUCUUCUAAAGAACUCCAUUCCAAUAUUCCUGAGGUUGGAAAGAUGAAGUGUUUACAUGAGCUAAAAGAGUUCAAUGUUAAGAAAGAGGGUGUUGGAUUUGAACUGAAAGAGCUGGGGGAUUUGCGAGAGCUGGGAGGAGAACUCUGCAUAUGUAAUCUUGAAAUUGUGGCGUCCAAAGGAGAAGCUAGUGCUGCCAAACUGAAAAAUAAAAGAAAUCUGAAAAAGCUAAGAUUAGUUUGGGGUGCAGAGCACAAGACUGUAGAUGAUGAUGUUCUUGAAGGUCUUGAACCACAUCCUGAUCUUAGGGUGCUUAGCAUUACGAAUGCUGGAGUUGCCACUUGUCCUAGAUGGUUGUGUGAUGACUUAAGCACAAAAAGGUUGGAGUCUCUUCAUCUAGAAGGUAUAUCUUGGGUCACUCAUCCAGCUUUUGAGCAGCUACCACACCUCACCAAGCUCACAUUGAAGAGUAUUUCUGGAAUGCGUGUAUUGAGGCUUGGCUUUAGUACUGUUACAGGAAGAAGCUUCACGCACCUGAAGACACUUGAUUUGACGGACAUGCCAGAACUUGUGGAGUGGGUUGGGGAGCCUAAUAGCAAUCUGUUUUCAAGGCUUGAAAGUAUCUCGCUUGAAGAUUGUCCCUCUCUCUGCUCGUUUCCCUUCUUGGAGUACUCUCACCUAUUUACUAACUUGUUCAGUCUUGAUAUUAGAUACUGCCCCAAGCUGUCUCAGUUUCCACCCAUGCCUCGUACCUCCACACUAUCAAAUAUGCAAUUGUUCAAUCGUAGCUCAUCAGUAGUAUUGCACGGAAAGAAGAAAUUCAGAAUUAAACAGUAUAAAGGUGCUUUGGCCUUCCACAAUUUGGAUGAAGUAGAGGAUAUGCGAAUUGUGGGUGGGCCACACAUUUCGUGUUCAAGCCUCAAAAAACUAAACUCCCUGAGAAGUGUACAUUUUGAAGAAUGCGACGACAUGUUUUUUGCAGAACAAGAUGAUGCUGUUGUUCUCCAUUCUGUUCAGAAUCUUGUAAUAAGUGAUUCACGUAUUACUGGAGAAUCAUUUUCAAAUGCUUUGAAACUUUUGCCAGCUCUUUCCCAGGUUAUCUUAGACAAGUGUAAGAGGCUUGAAUUUCUGCCUGUGGAGGAUGGAGGACUCUCGGGCCUCAGGAUGCUCCAAUCAUUUAGAGGAUUGGGAUGUGGGAAUCUGUUCUCUCGGUGGCACAAGGGAGAAGUAGGUGGAGGUGGUCAUGCCAUCAAGCCUUUCCCUACUUCCCUCAGGGAACUUGACAUUUCCUUCGAGUUAAGCAUAGAGUCAAUGGGUCUGCUCUCAAACCUCACGUCUCUCACCAGUCUAAGCUUGAAGGUUUGCAAAGAAUUAACAAUGGAUGGCUUCAAUCCUCAAAUCACAGUCAACCUCAAGCAAUUGGUUUUAUAUGCGAACAAGUUUAUAGCUGGGGAUCUGCUGUCAGAGAUUGCAAGGAGCAAACUAAUGCAUGCAGGUUCAUUCCAGUUGGAAGAAUUAGAGGUGGAUAGCAUCUCGGCCGUGCUUACUGUUCCCAUCUGCAGCCACCUUGCUGCUACCCUCCACACAUUGCGGUUCACUAUUGAUAAGCUGGCAACAACCUUCACGGAAGAGCAAGAGCAAGCGCUCCUGCUCCUCACCUCCCUCAAAAAUCUAGAAUUUGAAUGGUGCAAGAAUCUAGAGUCCUUCCCUCGAGUGCUACGUGGCCUUUCUACCCUCAAGAGAUUAAGGAUCUAUAUGUGUGAUAAAAUCCUAUGCUUGCCGUCAAAGGAGAGCCUCCCUGCUUCACUGGAAACGCUAGUGGUAUGGUGUGAUAGUCCUGAGCUAACUGAGCAAGCCAAAAAACUGAAAGGAAGUGAACCAUGGUUUUCUGGCUAUAGAAGUAAAUGGUACGGUGCUGGUGGAGCGGAACAAUGGCGCACAGUGGGGGAUGGGCGCGGGUCGCACAAUCGCAAUGAGCUGGUCAUGAUCUACCCACCGCCCAGGCCAGGUAAGCAGCAGGCAAAGGGCGGGAGAAGGCAGCAGGCAAAGGCCAAAUACUCUAGGCGUCUUUCUUGCCUGCAGCAACUAGUGUGCCUUCCCAGUCUGCCGCCCUUGCUAUUUGUACGAAUGCAAGGAAGGGAACAAGCCAAGGUGCCAGACUAUAUACAAGAGGCUGAAAGAACUAUAUAUGCAGACCGGAAUAAUGGAUCAUGUGACGGCAGGUUUAAUCAUUCUGUUGUUAGCAUGAUUUGA